GGGACGUGCUGUUGACGUCACUGGUGCCCCUCUUGUCUGCGCAGCUGAGCGCGCACAGGACGAGCACACAGCCCGACGGACUGCGGAUAAACUUACACUAACUUUGUUUCAAUUAGUCCAGUCUCCCAAAUGUUUGUCUCCUUUCUGUUAGGAGCCGGUGCCGGUGGUUUUGGCUGAUAGAAAACGGUCGCUGAAAACUGUUUUUGGUCCUUCUUUCUGUGGGGUCAGUAACCUGUGAGCAGAGCAAAAAAAAAAAAAAAANNNNAAAAAAAAAAGAAGGAGAAAAAAAGGGAUUUACUGAAAACUGGGAUUUUAUCUGUGGUGGCGUUUGAACUGUAUUGUCGCCUGUCUUCGAGGCUUUUUUUUAAUCUUUAAUCUCGGACUUAAAAUAUAAAACAAUAUUAAUCUCUAAGGGAGGAGGCCAGGGCUCCACCUACUGCAAGAAAACACAGGCAAAGGUGACUGCCAAGGGCUUAGACCACCUGCCCUGAGGAGUCAAGGAGAGAAGGAAGGAAGAAAGGAAGGAAGGAGAAAGAACAUUGUCCAUUGUUGACCUCUGCUUCCUACUGUAUACAGAUGUAUGCUGAGAAAGUUGAGGGGAAGAUGGGGAGCAGGGGAAUCUCUCUGACCUGUGUGUUGACCCCCUGCCGUGUGAUUGGAGUGUGUGUGAUGCUGAUGACCUUGGGAGCCAUCGGAGCAGCCGUCUGGGCCGUAGUUACGUAUUGCACAAUGGAGGAAGACACAGGACUGUAUGAUGUCCAGGUAAAUUCUGCUGACCAACAUCUCAGAGUCUUUGACUCCGCCCAGAGGAGGUGGCGUCAGGUGUGUUCCUCCUCAGCCAAUGAGCUGCUAGCUAGCAUCAGCUGUGAGGAAGUGGGGUUCGUCAGUGUGGUGAAUUACUCAGUCACAUCAGUGCCAGAGGCCAGUGGGGAUGGCGGGGAGUUUUUCUGUGUCAGACAGGAAGAGCUCAGCUUCGGCAAGAAAAUCAAAGACUCAUUGUUCCCAUGUGACUGUGAGAGCAGGGAGGUUCUCACACUGUUGUGCCAAGACUGUGGCAGGCGUAGUUUUGCAGCAGACCGUAUAGUUGGUGGUGUGGAUGCCCGGCAGGGCAGUUGGCCUUGGCAGGUCAGCUUACAGUAUGAUGGAGUUCAUCAGUGUGGAGGAUCCAUCAUCUCAAACCGCUGGAUUGUCUCAGCAGCUCACUGCUUCCCUGAGCGGUAUCGCUUUGUUAAUCGCUGGCGUGUGCUGCUGGGCUCCAUCUAUAAUAAACCAGUCAACGCCAAUGUGGCGGAGGUGAAGACCAUCGUUUACCACAGCAGCUACCUGCCCUUUGUAGAUGCUAACAUUGAUGACAACAGCAGGGACAUCGCUGUUCUGGCCCUCACCCAGCCCAUCGUUUUCAACGAAUACAUCCAGCCUAUUUGCCUGCCAGCAUACGGUCAAAGACUGAUAGAUGGGCAGAUGGGAACAGUAACAGGCUGGGGAAAUGUAGGAUACUAUGGUCGUCUAGCAGAUGUUCUCCAGGAAGCGAACGUCCCCAUCAUCAGCGACACUGUCUGUAACGCUCCUGAUUACUAUGACAAUCAAAUCACCACCAGUAUGUUCUGUGCUGGUUAUGAGAAAGGAGGCACGGAUGCCUGCCAGGGAGACAGUGGUGGUCCUUUUGUGGCAUACGAUUGCCUGUCCAAGACCAGUCGGUAUCGUCUGCUGGGGGUUGUGAGCUGGGGAACAGGCUGUGCCAUGCCCAAGAAACCUGGCGUCUACACCAGAGUGUCCCGAUUUCUGCCCUGGAUAUCUACGGCCAUGAGGAACUAUCACAACUCACCGGGGGUUCAUAAAAUGGCCCGGACAUGAGAUCCCUGCUCCCACUUUUUCUACUCUUGGAUGACAAUAUUGAAAGACCCCCUAGAUGUCAGCGGGGCCUGUUUAAUGGGGAUGAAAGGCUGUGAUGUCCCAGAUUCCCCGUCUUACCUAAAACUUUUUCAGUGAGGAAUUAACCACUUCCUGAACCUUCCCACAUUGUUAAAUCUCUACCAAUAUCACACUUGCUAAUAGAUACGCUGUAUCUAUGCAGAGAUACACAGACAGAGGUCUUUAAAGGUCGGGUACGCGAUUUUUAGAGAAAGUUUGUUGAAAGAUUAUAAAACGUCAUCACAUGAAUGACUUGCAAGCACACAGCAUCCGAAACACAACGGAACUGGCCAAAGUUAGUUGUUUAAAUUGUUUUUAUAAAACUAGAGUAACUGAGGAGAGCAUUGUAGGUUUGUAGCUAAGCUAACAAUGAAGGUAAUGUUGGCAAGCCUGUUUUUAGGUCUUGUGGCUAUAAAACCCUUAAAACAUACACACAAAUACCAUGAUAUAGAGCAAACAAGUAAUGUAGCUAUGUUGUGGGUUAGCAAACUGUUGCUAAAGUUGCUGCUGUGCAGCUAACACCCAGAGAGGGCAUCCCAGAGCCAUCACACCAGCUCCAGACAGCGAUACUGACAACUCUCCUGCUACCAUAGCUAACAUCACAUCAAAAGCAUAUCUUGGCAAACCAGAAAGUUAGCUGAAUGUCCGUGGGCAAGUAAUUUCACGUUAUCUGAUACACAAAUCCUAGCUGGAAUGGCCGGAAUAACAAGAUAGUUUUGUGCCAGCACACAGCAGAAAGCUAGUGGAGCAUGAGGAGAUAUCCACUAAAUAAAUAAAAAAAAUUGGAUUUGAAUCACAUUGUCUAGAAUCGCUUACCCCACCUUUACAGGACCAGUGUGUAGGAUUUAGUGGCAUCUAGUGGUCAAGUUGCAGAUUGCGUUUGAAUACAGCUCACCCUUCCAAGCUUGUAGGAGAAAC